CAUUGGUGGACAAUCCCGAGACCCUUGAUGUCAUGGCUCAAGGCUGUCUCCAGUUUUCUUUCGGAAUAUUAUCUAUAUGCUCUUGAGCUUCAUCUCUUUGAUAUGAGCAACCUAUCUGCAGCUCCAGGAUUGACCCCGGAAAGGAAGUCCUCCACGUAGCAAAGAGCUACAGCAGACGAUGCAGCUUAACGCCAAGUUGAGCCAUCAGGUGCCAUGGUCGCGUGCUAUUCCUCUUCCAGUGCAGCUAGACCACGUGAAAGACCAGGCUGCUUAGCUUAAUCCCCUCAUCAUCCUUCGACUUGCCCAACGUCCAUUUCAGAAUUUUCAUGUCGACUCGUCGUCUUUUAGAGCAGCAUACGUCUUGGGGCCUAACUUCAGCCAAAACGGAAGUCACCCCGGUCCGCCUCUUAUCUUCAGACGAGGAGCCAAACGGUCGCCUCUUCACUCCAGUAUCCCGUCGAUCGGAGGACUCGAGUCGUACCACUCAGAUAUUACAUGACACGUCGUGAUGUUCGAGCGUCGCGCCGCGGACCGUUACCGGCUGCGAAUGCACCGUGCCCGCACAGUCGCGCUAACUUCGGAUGAGAUUGUCGAAGUACGGGCAGCGCAGCGGACUUUCGAAGGCGCCUACAUCCGUACGGCUUUAUCCCAAUUCUCCUUUGCCCUAGUGGUAUUGAAGAUCUUCACCAGCGAGUUCUAUAGCACUGGUGCGCUUUUCGCCAUCUACGGCACGGGCGUGCUUAUCAUCGGACUCUUCCGUCGCCAACAAGGCAACCGGCAAUUCUUUUCCGAGAUAGGGGAAGAUGGCAUUCGUCACAAGUUCAGAACUAGUGGAAAUGCCGUGGUGGUCUUGACGGCCCUUAGCAUUGCCGCCUACGCGACCCUUAUCGCGCUGACCGUGAGGCUGGACAAAUAGGCGGUCACGCCUCGCCAAGACACUCUAGGCAAUAUGCCUACAACCUCACUGCGUACCUGCCAAGUGCCAAGUAUAUGCAGAAUGCGACGGGCUCAUUCCCAGGUUUCCUUCCUCGCUUCCUGCUCAAAUGCAGUCGAGAGACGUAGCACGCGGGUGUGUCGAGCCGACUUCCGCAGACAUCAAGCCAUAGACUUCCCAGCGCAAAGUUGAGCAGUGGUCAGACAGGGAUAACCUUGCCUUACGACCAAGACAUUUCCUGCUCGGGCAUGUGGGACUCGUAGUUCAUGACGAGAUGCAGCAUUACAGCUUUUAGCCACCUUCCCUGUCCAGUAUCAUGAUGUUGUCUAUGCUCAAGUCAUUGUUUGCAAUGCUCUUAGCUCAUUAUACGGUCGCUUGUUUCGCGGAUACGGGAAAUUAUUACGAAUCUAGUCUCGGUUCCCGACCUAUGUUUGUGGUGGCGCUACUGACGAUGCAGGACGGUCUGAAGUGAGCUGGGGACGGGUGUCGAAUCGUCGGGUUGGUCCUGCAGUUCUCCUUGCAACAUGUCCGGAAGGAAAUCCUUUCUGUACAUUACCUUCUUGUGUUGUUAAUUUGUCUCUUGUCGUAUUCAAUUACUCAUGGUCCUAUUCA